AUGCCGAAGGUGUUUUCUUCAGCUUAAUUCGGUCAAAAUGACAAGUCGCAGGUGUAUCUUGCUAUCUGUGGUACUUCUGUGGUGUAUAACACAUGCAUCAAGCGAAAAACAGUUGAAACUAACGGAAGACAAAAAUAAACCACCUACUGAUGUAGACAGAUCGCUUUCCGAAAAGUCUCCAGAAGGGCAGUUACAUGCACAGAAAUCUGAAGAAACUCGGGACACCUCAAAAGCAGAGCCGGAUCAAGCAGAAAAAGCGAAAUCCGAAAAGCAGUUUGCAUCAAAAGAAGCUGAUGUGAACAGGGAUGACAUAAGUGACCAACAGGGUAAAGGCGUAAAUGACGAGGCUGAGUUUAAACGGCCCCUCGCAAAAGACCAGUUCCAAGAAGAACUGGUAAUCAAGCCUCUUCCAUCCGGAGACAUUUAUUCUAGUUUCCAGUUUCGCACACGAUGGGAUAUAGAUUUCUUCCAGCCGGGGAAAAAAGUGUCCCACUACAGGUUGUUCCCAAAAUCUUUGGGCCAGCUCAUCUCCAAGUUCUCCGUGCGGGAGCUGCACAUCUCCUUCACGCAGGGCUACUGGCGGACCAUGCAGUGGGGGCAGCCCUUCCUGCCUGCUCCUCCUGGUGCUGAGCUCUGGGUGUGGUUUCAGGACACUGUCACUGAUGUGGACGGUGCCUGGAAGGAGCUUACCAAUGUGAUAUCCGGAAUCUUCUGUGCCUCCCUUAAUUUCAUUGACACAACCAACACUGUGCAGCCGACUGCCUCCUUUAGGUCCCUGGGGGUGGGAAAUGUGACGGACCAGAAGUUUCUCCGCUACGCUUUAUUGCCUCGGGAGAUUGUGUGCACAGAGAAUCUGACGCCGUGGAAGAAGCUGCUUCCUUGUGGCUCGAAGGCUGGACUAGCGGUUCUCCUGAAGUCAGAGAAGCUCUUCCACAGCAGUUUCUUCUCGCAGGCCGUGCACAUUCGGCCUAUAUGCCAGGACUGGCAAUGCAGGACUAUGGCGUGGGAGCUGAGACAGACGCUGAAUGUGGUCUUUGACCUGUACACUACUGGACAGAACAAGAAGGAGUGGUCCCUAUUCAAGAUGUUCUCUCGCACCCUGACUGAAGCUUGUCCUCUGGCCUCUUCUAGUAAGGUGUACAUAGACGUCACAGACAACCCCCAAGGGGAGCUGUUUGAACUUCACCCAUCUUCAGCCACUCUGAAUCAAGCAGUUGUUCUGGGAGACCGCAGGACAUAUGCUGUAUAUGAUCUUAAGAUGAUGGACACCUUUGGGUCUUUGCGAACAUUAAACAUUGUUCUGCGUUGGAAGACGUCUAGUGGGGCGGACAUGCUUCGCCCCCUACUGCACGGCGAGCGCUAUGUGGCUGGUUAUGGGCUGCAGACGGGAGAGAUUCACACCCUGAUCAGCAACAACCAUCCCUAUCGGGCGUUUCCCGUGCUGCUCCUGGACGUGGUUCCCUGGUACCUCCGCAUGUACAUCCAUACUCUGACCGUCACCAGCAAGGCCCUCCCCAACAAGCCCAGCUACAUUCAUUACCAGCCUUCUAAGGACCGAGUGCGCCCCCAUCUGUUGGAGAUGCUCAUUCAGCUGCCGCCCAAUUCUGUCACCGAGGUGACUGUGCAGUUUGAGCGGGCACUGCUGAAGUGGACAGAGUACACCCCCGACCCAAACCAUGGCUUAUACGUAGGGUCCUCUGUAAUCAGUGGGCUGGUGCCAAGCGUUGUCGCCAUGGAUACCAACAGCAGCCAGGAAUACCCCCUGUUCAGCACCUUCUUCCCGUGCAAGGAGGAGUCCAGCUACUUUGUGCGCGUGUACACCGAGCCCCUCCUGGUGAACCUGCCCACCCCGGACUUCAGCAUGCCCUACAAUGUCAUCUGCCUCACCUGCACCGUCGUCGCCGUGGGCUACGGCUCCCUCUAUAAUCUCCUGACCCGCACCUUCCAGGUAGAGGAGCCAAGCCCCGGUCUGGUGAAGCGCCUGGCCAACGUCAUCCGCUACUUCCGUGGCGUGCCGCCGUUGUGAUGUCACUGCUCCGCUGCCGCCGUUGUGAUGUCAUUGCUCCGCCGCUGCACUGCCAAGGACUGUGGAUGGGUUAUUUUUUUCCUCGUGCACCGAGGGGAAUUUGCAUCAGGUCGCAUUACUGAAUCUCGGAUCUUUAUGUGGCAUGUGUUUUUUUGGUUUGGUUUGAACUUAAGACUUGAGAUUUGUCUUCUGUUUUUAUUUAAGAGUUCAGAAAUUUAUGGGAAGGGGGGACUAAGGAAAUGUUCUCUCCCCCCC